AUGGCACAGCAACAUCGAGAGAAUAUUUGGUAAGUUUAAUUUAAACUGAAAAAAUAAUAUAAUAUCCAGAGUUUUGUGUAUGUAAUCGACUUCUAUAUUUUGUAGGAGAGAUCAUUUCACGGCAGAGUUGGAAAAUGAUGAGGUCAAUCGCCAGCUUUGUGCCGUGGACACAUUUUCUUGGUCCCCUGAAACUCAAGAGCAGAUUCUGGCUGAAUGGAAUGAUUGGCGACGGGACAGAAACCCUGGACAUGGCUGCAAUCACUGCGAAAAAGUAUUCACACGUCGAGCCGAUUUGAAGCGCCACAUUCAAUCUCUUCAUUUUGGGGAAAAGUCGUUUACUUGCGACCAAUGUGACAAAUCUUUCGCGACGAAAGAUAAACUGAACCGCCACAAGAAGAUACAUGACAAGGAAAAAGUAUACGAAUGUGCAAGAUGUCAUAAGAAAUUUGAUCGAAAGGUUUGUAGAGAUUUGCAUUAAUAUAUAAACCGUAACAAGUAUAUGUCUAUAUAGACAUUGUACAGAUAUACGCUAUAUUAUACUUCAUGUUCUUUACAGGAUAAUUUGAACCGCCACAUGAAAAUGCACGAGAGAUGUGGUGCCGAAAGGGAAUAUACUUGUAAUGUAUGUGGUGAGGUGUUUCGAAAUAUAUUCCCAUUCCAAGCCCAUCAGCGCGAAGUCCAUCAAGUUGGUCGUGGGAAACGUACGAAGACGCCGACCCGGCGAACAAAAAGGCACAGAACUGAUGAACCAGGUAUGUAUAAAUGAAAAUAUUUCGAUUACUGACUUUGUAUUUAUACAGAUAUUUUUUCUCUUUUAAGAACAGCCAACAUCUGCGACACGCGUUAACGAAGGUAAGAGAGUAUAUGCUAUGUAAUAAUUUAAGUUAAAAUCACACUAAUACAUUUUUCUCCUUUUCAGGAGCUUCUAUUGUCGUCAACGAAGGUAUGAAAUUCAAUUUUUUAAACCGUAUAUAGUAUAUUGAUUGUGGUGAUUUGAUGUGUAUAUUGACAAUGUUAAUUACUCGCAACCUCGGUUUUAAAACAUCGCCUGAAAUCCUAACGUUUACAUUUGAAAAAUAUUUUCAUGCUGUUUUCAUGUUGUUUCACUGAUGUUUGUGUUUUGAAAACAUGAUAAAAAUAAUCGAGUAAUUUUUAUAGCGUGGAUUUAUCAUGUGGAAUGUUCCUAAUUAUUCAUGUUAGGCUUAUGUUCAUUUGAUUUAGAACUAUUAAUUUAUGUCAUUGUACGAGUAUUUACGCUACAUCAUUUUUGUAAUAUUCGCUAGCGUUUUAUAGUGAGGUAAAAAUAAUCAAGUAAUUUUUGUUGCGUGGGUUUAUCAUGUUGCUAUGUGAAAUUGCAUGUUCCUAAUUUAUUCAUGUUAUACUUAUUUCGAUUUUUUAUGAAUCGGGUGUUUGUAUGACAAAAUUAGUGCGGAGCUCUAGACAAAAAUAAAGAAUCGGGUGUUAUAAUUUCUAUAGGACCCCAAGAGUUCCCUCAGGAUCCCCUAUUACCACCAUCUGACCUUCCUUCCCAACUCCACCGAGAGCAUUGGCGUGCUAUACGUACGCGACAAAGUCGAGGCAAUCGGAUUCAGCAUUGGUACAACUAUCGUUUGAGCUCGUUGAAUAUGGGUCAACUUGUCAACAGUAUACAGCACAUAUUCGAAGAUAAAACCACCGUCUUUAAGUUAAAUCUCUCCUUUGGUUUCGUAUUGUUUAAUAACGAGACACAACAAAUGCAAUAUCACCACCCCUCAGCAAACAACAGCCGUGUCUUCGACUCCCCGUUCCAGAUUCGUAAUCGUGAAGAUUUAGCCCAAGUUCGCGAAACGAUACAAAACAUCGACAUUCAUGAAUGGGCUCGACAACAACGACCCAAUUCCAAAUGGAUUGUCAUGGAUGUUACCAACGUUACCUUCUACGUCACCAAACUUCGAGACCAUCCCAUAGGCCGCAGUGUCCGACUACCUAAAUACAUACUGGAGAGCCGUGCCAUCGUGUCGCUCGACUGUAAUGAACAUACAGGACUACCAUACGAAGACAAACUGUGCUUUUUCCGUUGUUUGGCCCUACACCGUGGUUGUCAUCCCCAUAACCUAAAACGUGAUACUCAACAUUUUUAUGAGCAGUAUUCUCAAGAUGAUGAUUUUGACGGCGUGACACUCGAAGAACUCCAAGAGUUGGAAAAGUUAUUCGAGUUGAACAUUUUCGUGUAUCGCCUUACAGAGCUACAUGACGAAGAUGACGACACGGCCUCCAUUGUGGCUCAACUCAUACAGCGCUCCCAUCGUAGCUACGCCAAUUCGAUGUACCUGAACCUCUACGGCAGUCACUUCAGCUGUAUUAAGAAUUUGGCGAUGUAUUUCAAGUCCUACUGUUGUUCCAAGUGUGACAAAAUGUGGAAGACAGCAAAAGCCUUGAACCAGCACGAGCGAACAUGCGAAGCAACUAUACGUCACAUCUUCCCUGGUGGUGCCUACAAAGAUCCACAGUCAAUCUUCGAUUUGUUGGCCGACGAGGGAAUCGAAAUCCCUGAAGACCUCAAGUACUUCCCUCAUCGUGCCACCUUUGACUUUGAGUGUUAUUUCAAACGUGAAGCCGAACAUCCAAGAAAUACAGCAAAGUUAACGUGGAAGCACAACAUAUCCCCUUGAGUGUCUCUGUUUGCUCCAACGUGCCUGGUUAUGAUCAACCCAAAUGCUUCGUCUCGUCUGGCAGUACAAGUGAAAUGAUCCAACAGUUCGUGGAAUAUUUGGUUGAGGUCAGCCAAGAAAGUUAUGGAUUACUGCUGGACCAAUUCUCUGACGUUUUUCGUCAAAUUGAUGAACGAGUUAAUGAGGUAUAGUUCACACGUAUUAGAUUCUUAGUAUAUUUCUUAUCCUUAAUAUUUUUUCUUAUAUCUUUAGGUGGGGGAAAACGAGGUUAUGGAAGUUGCCGCGGGGGAGGAUAAUGAGGUAAAUUAUAGGAAGGUUAUUUUUGCACUUAUAUUCUUUAUAUUCUAGUAUAUCUUAUGUUUUAGCAAAAUACAGAGGAACAGAUGAUAGAGGAAAUGGUGGGAUGUUUGAUGGGGCCGAAUAGUGAGGUAUAUAACAUAAGGUUUGAACUCAACAGUGGUAUUUCCUGUGCUUACCAUAUGUGUACCUUUUAGGUGAGUGAAGAUGUGUGUGGGGUAGAUGAAGACGAAGUGAAUAAAGAUAAAGUCGUUGAAGAGAGAGUAAGUAUCACACUCAUGAUCCAUUUUAGCGGUUGUUAUAUAGAAUAGUAGGGAAGUGUAAGUAUCUUGCUUUUUACACCUUUUCAUUUAUUUAGGAUGCGGUCCAUCCUCUGCACAAACUUCAAGAUAAAUUGUCAGAAUACUUACAAGAGCUACCAAUUCUUGGGUUCAACUCUGGUAAAUACGAUAUUAACGCUGCGAAAAACCCCUUCUUUUCACAUCUCGUCAAACACGAACAAGUUAAGUUUGUGAUAAAAAAGAACAAUAACCACAUGUGUCUCAAGACUCAACACUUAAAAUUCCUCGAUAUCACAAACUAUCUGGCUCCGGGAUUUAGUUACGAACAGUUCCUCAAAGCGUACGAGUGCUCCCAGACCAAAGGCUACUUCCCGUACGAGUGGGUCGACUCCCUCGACAAACUCAAUCAUUGCUCCUUACCACCACGCGAAACCUUCCAUUCCACUCUAUCUGGAACCGACAUCACCGAGGAACAGUAUGAGUAUUGCCAGGGUGUAUGGGACGAACAGAAUAUGACAACUUUCCGCGACUUUCUCGUGUGGUAUAACAACCUUGACGUAAUCCCCUUCCUUGAAGCAAUUGAUAAAAUGAGCAAUUUCUGGCAAGAAAGGAACAUUGAUAUGUUUAAGGACGGUGUGAGUGUGCCUGGCUUAACUAUGAAAUAUUUAUUUUCAAACAUUCCAGGCACCUACUUCUCCUUGUUCAGCGAGAAGGACAAGGAUAUGUAUUAUUCAAUGAAGGAUAAUAACGUAGGUGGCCCCAGCAUUAUCUUUAACAGAUACCACGAGAAAGAGAAAUCAUCCAUACGGAAGGAAGAAAUGCGAGCCAGAGGAAAAGAAUCGAAUCCCUGCAAGAAUGUAGUUGGUUACGAUGCUAAUGCGCUCUACUUGUGGGCCAUCAUGCAAGACAUGCCAAUGGGACAGUACAUAAGACGGUUAGAGGAGGACGGGUUUAAGAAACAGUGGAGUGGAAAAAUGGCGAUCGAAUGGUUAGAAUGGCAAGCGUACAGUCGCGGUAUUAGUAUCAGACACGAGUACAACAACACGGAGAAAAGAAUUGGCACUCGUCGUCUCCCUGUUGACGGUUUUCACGCUGAAUCACAAACGGUGUUUCAGUUUCAUGGUAAGUUGUUGUUUUAGUGUAAUUAGUUAAGAUUAAUUAGCUAGGAUUAAGUUAAUUGUGUGGGAGUGAGCUAAUGAGUUUUUAGCGAUUGCGUGGGCCUGUAGGAUAACUUUAUUUUUCUUUUGUAGGUUUAACUGCAUUACACUUUAUUUUAAUAGGAUACAGAUAGGUACAGAUAUUUCACAGCACACUCCCUAACAGGGCUUUUCAGUGACUGGUUACAUUAUGAAUAGAUAGAUAGAACCGGACUGACGUGAAGCAGACCGAGGUAGACUUUGAGCUUACAAAUGGCGCUUGAGCAGCCGCUAUUAGUCCAUACCUCAUUAAUGAUCUGCCUCCAGACCUAUGUGCCUAACCCACCCUGUCAACUUUCCCUGUGGGAGGAAACACGGAGUACCCGGAGAAAACCCACGACUUUCGGCAGAGCGUUGACUUUUAUUCUUUUCACAUGAGGACUGGGUUCGAGUCGCAUUGAGAAGCUCUCACUGAGAUUCGAACCUGCGGCCUUAGAGGUGAAAGGCAAGUGCGCUAACCACUUCGCCACCGAAGCCCCUUGGCAUAAGCACAACUGUCAUCUGAACGAAGGGAAAGAAGUCAACGAGAAGCGUGAUAAGCCGAUGAAGGAACUCCUUGAAGAGACCCAAAGAAACAGCGCCUAUAUCAAGAAGCAGGGAUUCAAUCUCGUUGAAUGUUGGGAAUGUGAGUGGCGAGAGAUGAAGAAACGAAACACCGCGCUGCAACGCUUCAUUGCCACGCAACUUCGCCGACCCCUAGACAAAGUAAAAACGAUGACAACUCGAUCAAUUGUCAACGCUGUGAAGAAUGAUACGUUAUUUGGCUUUGCCGAGUGUGAUAUCCACGCACCUGAGAGUUUGCGAGAAUACUUCAAAGAGAUGUGUCCAAUAUUUAAAAACACAGAAAUACGUCGAGAGGAUAUUGGUGAAUUCAUGAAGAGUUAUGCCGAAGAAAACAACAUCAUGCCCCAACCUCGGCGGAGUCUCAUUGGGAGUAUGAUCGGAAAGAAGAUAAUGUUGGCAACUCCUCUUCUAAAAUGGUAUUUAGAACAUGGUUUAGAGGUUCGUUUUAAAUAUUAAAAACUUGUAAAAUUGCAGGAGAAAAUUUUUUUAACAAAUUGUAUUAUCGUUUUAGGUAACACACGUCUACCAGAUAGUCGAGUAUACCCCUAAGCCAUGCUUCAAACCUUUCGGUGACGCUGUAUCGGAUGCUCGUCGUGCUGGUGAUGCAGACCCCUCCAAAGCCAUCAUCGCGGACACGAUGAAAUUGGUCGGAAAUAGGUGAGUUUUAAAAUCACGCUGUCGUGACGUAUUCAAGAAAUACUCAUUUUUUGUAUUUCUAUACAGCUCAUACGGGAAGACCAUCACCAACAAAGAGCGUCAUCGCAAGGUGGAUUACUGCAACGAUGAUGAGGUUUCUGAAUUAAUCAACUCACCAUUCUACCGCCAAAUGAACGUGAUCGACGAUGACACUUACGAAGUGGAAAGUGCUAAGAAGAAAAUAAAGUUGGACUUACCACUACAGGUAUGUAUUGCAUGAUCAUUUUGUCAUUAGAAAUAUAAAUUAAUAAGUAAUUAUUCUUAUUUUACAUGUGGGGUUCUUCGUGUACCAGUAUGCGAAACUCCGAAUGUUAUAGUUUUACUACGACUGUUUAGAUACAUACCUUGACCGUUCCGAUUAUGAGUAUUGCGAGAUGGAUACAGACAGUGCCUAUAUCGCUAUUAGUGGUGAAAGUGUUGAAGAAUUGGUCAAGCCUGGUUUAAGAGAGGCGUUUGAGAACGAUAAAUGUAACUGGUUUCCUCGCUCCAAUACAACUGAACAUGCGAAAUACGACAGGAGAAAACCGGGGUUGUUUAAAGUGGAAUGGGAAGGGGAUGGAAUUGUAUCUUUAUGUAGUAAGACGUAUUAUUGUUUUGGGGAGAAAGAUAAAUAUAGUUGCAAGGGUGUAAAUAAGAAAAAUAAUGUAAUUAAUAAAGAUAAAUAUUUAGAUGUGCUUUUAAGUAAACGUAGUGGAUCGGGUGUAAAUAGGGGUUUUAGGGUUUUAAAUAAUACUAUGUGUACAUAUGUUCAAGUUAAAAACGCUUUUAGUUAUUUUUAUCCAAAACGUAAAGUUUUGGAGGACGGUGUGUCAACAAUUCCUUUAGAUAUUUAG